GCGAUCGUGCUGUUCGUGCGGAGUUUUUUAUGCUACACUUGUAAGGAGUAUGUAGAAGACCUGGCUAAAGUCCCCAAGGCGUUUUUACAAGAAGCAAAUGUGAGGCUUAUAGUUAUUGGACAGUCAUCUUACCAUCACAUCAAGCCCUUUUGCAGUUUAACUGGGUAUACACACGAAAUGUAUGUAGAUCCCCAAAGGGAAAUUUAUAAAACACUUGGCAUGAAAAGAGGUGAAGGUAAUAACAUAUCAGUCCGGAGCCCUCAUGUGAAAUCAAGCACGUUCCUGGGAAGCAUUAGGAGUAUGUGGAGAGCAAUGACUGGCCCGGCUUUUGAUUUCCAAGGAGAUCCCGCUCAGCAGGGAGGAGCUUUGAUUUUAGGCCCAGGUAAUGAAGUCCACUUUUUGCACCUUGAUAAAAACAGGCUGGAUCAUGUUCCCAUUAACACAGUUUUGCAGCUGGCAGGAGUUAAAACAGUAAAUUUCACAAACAAACCCCAGAUUAUUGACAUAUGA